AUGUCACAGUAUAGACGAAGACUUGCAGAUGAAGAAAUUUUGGAUGUUCUGUUCAAUGAUUCGGGUCCUGAAGGAGAACUUAGUGACUAUUCUGAAGAUGACAGAGAUACUACAGUAAUUCACAUGUGCCUGGUAAAGAAGUCAUCCAUAGCAGAUUACUGGUCCGCAGCUCCCAUUCUUCACUCCACAUUUGCAGCUAAACUGAUGUCCCGAGAUCGUUUCAAGUCAAUUUUGGCAAUGCUGCAUAUAAAUAAUAAUGAUACAUACAUACAACGUGGACAGCCAAAUUUUGAUCCUUUACAUAAAAUCAGGCCAUAUUUUGAUUAUCUUGUGCAGAGCUUCAGAGACUCGCUAGUGCCAAGUGAGAAUUUGACCACAGACGAAGGAAUGUGUGCCUUUAGAGGCAGGAUACAUUUUAGAGUCUACAUUAAGAACAAACCAGAGAAGUAUGGCACCAAACUGUCCUCUGUGUGUGACUCAAACAUUGGUUAUGUUCUAAAUAUGGAGAUUUACACAGGCAAAGGUGAUGCCUUCACAAUUAUUCCAUUGUUUGAACGUCUACUUUCACCCUAUUUAUCUAAAGGUCACACUGUUUACAUGGACCGGUUUUAUACUAGCCCUAAAGUUAUUGACUUCUUAUGGAGCAAAGACACUUUAGGUGUUGGCACUGUUAUGCUAAACAGAAAAGAAAUGCCUAAGAGUUUGAAAAAAGUUGUACUGAAGAAAGGUGAAAUGACAUUCAGACAUAGACCACAUAUGAUGGCUUGUAAGUGGAAAGACACCUGGGAUGUGGCAGUGUUGUCUUCAAAACAUGGUGCAACAAGAUCUGACGUAACUGUCAGGGCUAAAGGGGGCCAUAUAAAAAAAUUCAAGCCUGAUGCAGUCCUUGAUUAUAAUAUGAACAAGACAGGUGUUGAUCGAAGGGAUCAACUUGUUGCUUACUAUCCCUUCAAAAAGAAAAUUAUUGUUGUGUCAUCUACAUAUGUAGUAAUGUGGAACAUGAUGUGGCAAAUUGAUGAUUGCAAUUAUGAAAAAGAAUUGUCCGAGAACUGA